AAUUCUAAUUUGCUUCGUAUGUGGAGUGAUGGGAGAAGAAAAGAACCAUGUGGGAGACCUGCCAUUGGCGGACGAGUAUCCAGAACCAUGUGUGGACGAUGAGCUGAAAGGGGAGGAAAAGAGGGACAUUUCUGCCAUCCCAGAGGACAUCACGGGUGACAAGGCAGAGAAAUGCAGCCCAAACCUGCUGGAGAUGCUGAAGGCAGCUGAGAGCAGGAGGUCAUCUCAGGAUCGGGACAAAGACAGACCAGAGGCAAACAAGGCCGGGACAAAAGAGAACAUUGCUGAGGCUCUGAAGACUAACAUGCAGAUACAGUUCAACGAUGAAAAACAAGAAUUCAACAAACGUCCCAACAAAACAACCCAUCGCUCAAUGCCUCGGUCCACCUCUCAGUCAUCCACAGACAGCUUGAGCUCAGUGAGCAACGCGAGCUCUGAAGAUGAGCUGUCGCCGCAAAACAAAGAGCAGAAGAACUCCAAAGGCUUCAGUGACUUCUGCAUCAAAAACAUUAAACAGGCUGACUUUGGUCGCAAAGAAAUAGAGAUUGCCCAACAAGAAAUGCCCGCACUGAUGAUUUUGAGGAAAAGAACGGCGGGAGAGAAACCUCUGGCUGGAGCGAAUGUAGUGGGAUGUACACACAUCACUGCACAGACAGCGGUCUUGAUUGAGACUCUGUCGGCAUUAGGAGCUCAGUGUCGCUGGUCAGCCUGCAACAUUUUCUCCACCCAGAACGCUGUCGCUGCCGCUCUGGCUGAAGGUGGAAUCUCAGUGUUUGCCUGGAAAGGGGAAUCGGAGGAUGACUUCUGGUGGUGUAUUGAUCAGUGUGUUGCUGCUGACAGAUGGCAACCCAACUUGAUUCUGGAUGACGGUGGUGACAUGACCCACUGGAUCUAUAAAAAGCAUCCAGCUUUGUUUAAGAAGUUGAAAGGCAUUGUAGAGGAAAGUGUGACAGGAGUAUAUCGGCUGUACCAGCUCUCAAAGAAAGGCAAACUGUGCAUUCCUACCAUGAACGUAAACGACUCUGUGACCAAGCAGAAAUUCGACAACCUUUAUUGCUGCAAGGAGUCGAUAGUAGAUGGGUUAAAGAGAACUACUGAUGUCAUGAUUGGAGGAAAGCAGGUGGUGGUGUGCGGAUAUGGGGAAGUCGGCAAAGGCAGCUGUGCUUCCCUGAAAGCACUCGGUGCCAUUGUUUACGUCACAGAAGUGGAUCCCAUUUGUGCCCUUCAGGCCUGCAUGGAUGGCUUUAGAGUGAUUACCCUGACGGAAAUCAUCAGACAGGUAGACAUGGUCAUCACCUGUACAGGUAAUAAGAACAUUGUGGGAAGAGAACAUUUCGACAAAAUGAAAAGCGGCUGCAUAGUUUGCAACAUGGGACACUCCAACACUGAGAUAGAUUUGACAUCUCUGCAAACGACUGAACUGAAGUGGCAGAGAGUGAGGCCUCACGUCGACCACAUCAUCUGGCCAGAUGGCAAACGAGUAAUUCUGCUGGCUGAGGGUCGGUUGCUGAAUCUGAGCUGCUCCACUGUCCCGUCGUUUGUUCUGUCCAUCACAGCCACCACUCAGGCUUUGGCAUUAAUAGAGCUGUACAACGCCCCUGACGGUCGAUACAACCAAGACAUCUACCUACUGCCAAAGAAGAUGGAUGAAUAUGUUGCCAGUCUCCACCUGCCAACAUUUGAUGCUCACCUCACAGAGCUUACAGACGAUCAGGCCAAAUACCUGGGCAUCAGCAAAUAUGGACCCUUCAAACCUAAUUAUUACAGGUACUAAACUUCUAGAGACAACUGUAGCAGCUUGAAUGGAACAACGGCGCCCUCUGCAGUGAAACGCACUUCACUUUCUUUAAGACACCAGUUUACUUAUAGUCUCUAAGUUAUCUUUGUGAAGUUGAGUUUUAUGCUUUAUGCCUUAACAGUGCUGCAAAUGAUAGAUUCCUAAUAAGUCUUAUAUCUCAUCUAUUAUUACAUCACUUUAAAUUUGAAGAAAACAAGCAGCGCAGAGACAAGACGGUCCCGAUACGUUUUUGUCCACAAGGGGGCGCAUGAGUACCUUUGUUUUGGCCGCUCACUCUCAGAAGCUCCAUUUUAUAGUAAAUGUCUGACAUAAUUUCAUUGGAAUCAAUGUAAGUGCGUCUGUUUUUCUAUAAUUAUCAUGUUUCUUCACACAGUUAUAUUGUUUCCUUUGAAAAAUAUGAAAGUUUAAAGAAAAACAACUGUUUUAAGAAAGAAAUCUGUUAGAUAUGUUUGUAGUAGGUUUGCAAAACUUAAACUCAACUGAAGGAAAAAAAUAAAACUGAGAUAGCAGAAGUUCAAAUCUUUAAAAUCUCCUGUCUAAAAUUCAAGACCCUUGAGAGGAUGUAGACAAGACGAUGUGUGUCUACAACGAUAAUUUUGUCAGAUUCAUGUCAGGUACAGCUCUCUGUAGCACAAAUUUAUGUGUAACUUUAGAAUGAACCCACUAGAAUGAAUGAUUUGUGUAAAGUGCUACGACUAGGACAAAUUUGGUGUUCAAUAAACAGAAACAGGAACUUCCAAACCACUGUCAGAGGUUUUCAGUGUUAUGUUGUUAAAAUAAUCUCAGUCCAUAUUCUGAUUAAAGUUACAGUUAUGUGUAAAUAUAGCAUAACACUAUUUCCAUCAAGGGUUUUUCUGGAAGAGUUCAAAGUUCAUUAAUGGUCAUUUAAAGGAUCAACUUCACAAACAGGAACAACGUAGUCAUGAGUUCAUGUGAAAUAAAGUAAUAAAAUGUCUUCUUGAUCUGCAGUGGCUAAUUCUGUCAGUAAUGACAAGCUUUUAGAUUGAAACAUUUCUGCAUAGCUGUGAUAUGUGACAAACCAAUAAUCCUGCUAAUUAAAAGGGGUUCCAGAAUUGAGCCUUGAGGUACCCCUAUAGAGGCAACAAGAUAAUAAAAGUUUUAUUUUCUCCUAAAGGUAAAGUCCCCCAAUCCACCCCCUUUAAGAUGAAUGUCAUUGGGUCCCCUUUUUAGAGUCUUUGGUAUGACUCUGCUGUGGAUUUGAACUCACAGCCUUGCCGUUUUAGGGCAGACACUCUACAACAAAGCCAUUAAAAAUACACCGUCAAAAUCUGUU